CUCCCUCUGUCAAGAAAACAGUUCUUCAUAUAACGCCGAUAAAAAGACAAAUCCAAUUUCACUUUUUUUUUCAAUACAAUUAAAUCCGAUUUUAUACAUUCAUAAACAUAUAUGUAGUACUCUCAUCAGCAGCAAUUUGUAAUACUUUUUUCUCUAUUUAAUCACAGACAAAAAAAGAAGAGUAGAAAAAAAUCUAGGGUUAGGGUUUGGUUGUAAUCCACUUUCAUGGCGGAAGACGAAGAAUCAAUUUCCAAUGUGAAUAACCCAAUCAUGACCGACGAGCUAAAAUCCGAACCUGUUAUUGAAUCGAGUGCCACGUCACCGACACCGGUAGUUGAGAGUAAUACGAUUUUGCCCGUGCCGGAGGUGGGACCACCGGUGGUAGAAUCAGAGGUUGCCGGAGACAGUUGUCAGCACAGUGGCGGUGGUGAUGAUGACGUUGCAGUAGCUGAAAAUGUGGAGAAUGACGAAGCAGUGGUAGAAGGAGAAGUAAUGGCCGAGGCGGGCCCAUGUAUGGAAGAAACAACGGUUACAGGGACGGAAAAUGAGGAGAACAAAGUAGUGGAAGAGGAAAAUGUAACGGCGUUGGAGAAAAAUGAGGUGGCAGAGGCAGUGAUUGCGACGGUGGAGGAAGCUAGCAGUUGUUUGCCAGCUGGUACUGUUGAUGAGACAGUGGCUAUGACGAGAAAUGAGAAUGAGAAUGAGAAUGGGAAUGAUGAAACAAUGGGGGAGGCAAAUAUUUCAAUUGUUGAAGACAGAGAAAAGUUGGAGGACGCGGAGAAUGGUGAAACAAAAAUUCUGACUAGAAACGAUAAUAUGGAGAAUGGUGAAAUAGUGACAGAGGCAAAUGUUUCAACUGUUGAAGCUAGUAGUAGUCUAGGGUUAGGGAAAGCUGGAGAAAUGGAGGCAAUAAAGAGCGAGGAAGUGAAAAUUCCUCCUGUUGUGUUAGAUGAUUUAGGAGGGGUCACUCUAGAAAAUGAAGAUGAAACAAUGGAUGCUGAUGAUGAGAAAACUGCUAAUGAGGAGAAAGUGAUUGUGACUCGAAAUGAGGAAAAUGAUAAAAUGGCAUCAGGGAUAGAUAUUUCUGCUGUUGAAGCUGGAAUAGAGUUGGAGAAAGAUGUGGAAAUGGGUACAACAAAGCAUGACGAAGGUACUGGUGCUGAGGGUGAGGCUGCUACUGGGGAGAAAGUGGUUGUGGCUCAAAAAGAAGGAGAUAAUGAAAUGGUUACACAGGUAGAUACUUCAGCUGUUGAAGCUAGGAUAGAGUCGGAGAAAGAUGUGGAAAUGGAUACAAUGAAGCAUGAAGAAGGGGAACCUGUUCCUCUAGAGGAGGAUGAAGGGACGGGUGCUGAGGACGAUGCUGCUAAUGGGGAGAAAGUUGUUGUGACUCGAAAUGAGGGAGAUGAUGAAAUGGCAUCAGGGGUUGAUAUUACAACUGUUGAAGCUAGAAUAGAAUCAGAGAAAGAUGUGGAAACGGAUGAAAUGAAGCAUGAAGAAGUGGAACAUGUUUCUCUAGACGAAGAGGAGGACGAAGAGACGGGUGCUGAGGACGAGGCUGCUAAUGCAACUACUACUGAAAUAGAGACUGAAACUGACAUGACAGAGUCAGGGAAAGCUUCUGGAGGAAAGAGGAAGAGAAAAAUUACUAAGAGUACUGGGAAGUCCAAGUCUGGAGGAAGAACUUCAAGUAAGAAAGCUAUUGGAGAGGAUGUUUGCUUCAUUUGCUUUGAUGGAGGGGCUUUGGUGCUAUGUGACCGUAGGGGUUGUACCAAAGCAUAUCAUCCUUCAUGUAUUGAUAGGGACGAGGAAUUUUUCCGUGCCAAGGGACGCUGGAAUUGUGGUUGGCAUCAGUGUACUAUUUGUCAGAAGAAUGCUUACUAUAUGUGCUACACAUGUACAUUUUCAUUAUGCAAGGGGUGCAUCAAAGACGAUGUCAUCCUAUGUGUAAGAGGAAGCAAGGGUUUUUGCAAGAUCUGCAUGAGAACUGUCAAGCUAAUAGAAGGCCUCGGUAAAGAAGACAAUGAUGGUCCGGUAGAUUUUGAUGACAAGAGUAGCUUUGAGUAUCUGUUCAAGGACUACUUGGUGGAUUUAAAAACGAAGCUAUCUUUAUCUUCAGAUGAAAUAGCUGAUGCCAAAAGUCCUUGGAAAGGGGCUAAUGUGUCAGCUUCUAAACAAGAACUGGUUGAAGCACAAUUUGACAAUAAUGAUGAUGCAGGUUCUGGUUCAGAUGCUUCCGCUGAGAGAUUGGAAGCCAGUAAAACUAAAAGAAGAAAACUAAGAAAGCGUUCAAAAUCUGUCAGAAAGGAAGAGGAUGCAACAACUAUGGCUGCCACUCUUAGCGAAGGCUUCUCCACUGCUGGCACCACUGAGUGGGCAUCAAAAGAGAUGCUUGAAUUUGUUAAGCACAUGAAAAGUGGUGACACUUCUGUUCUUUCUCAAUUUGAUGUGCAAGCUCUGUUGCUCGAAUAUAUCAAAACAAACAAACUGCGUGAUCCUCGUCGUAAAAGUCAAAUUAUAUGUGAUUCAAGACUUGAAAGAUUAUUUGGAAAGCCACGAGUUGGGCACUUUGAGAUGUUAAAACUACUUGAGUCUCAUUUUCUUAUGAAAGAGGAUUCUCAGACUGAUGAUGUUCAAGGUAGUGUAGUUGAUACAGAAUUUAAUCAAUUUGAAGCUGAUGCAAGUGCUGACACUCCUACAAGAGCAGUCAAAGACAGGAAGCGUAAACGUAAGAAAGGUGAAAACAGGGGACCUCAGUCAAAUCUUGAUGAUUAUGCGGCUAUUGAUGUGCAUAACAUCAGCUUAAUUUACCUACGACGGAAGUUGGUGGAGGACCUCUUUGAAGAGGAUGACAAAUUCCGUGAUAAAAUUAUUGGAACCUUUGUGAGAAUACGAAUUUCUGGUAACGUUCAGAAGCAGGACCUUUAUAGGCUGGUGCAAGUUGUAGGUACAAGCAAAGCUGCCGAACCAUACAAACUUGGGAAGAGGACAACUGAUAUUGUGCUGGAGAUCUUAAAUCUGAACAAGACAGAGAUUUUAUCAAUUGAUACAAUCUCAAAUCAAGAUUUCACAGAGGAAGAAUGCAAGCGUCUGCGCCAGAGUAUGAGAUGUGGACUCAUUGAUAGACCAAAAGUGGGUGAUAUUCUUGACAAGGCCAUGGAAAUACAUGCAGCAAGAGUUAAUGAUUGGCUGGAGUCAGAGAUACUCCGUCUCAGUCAUCUUCGUGAUCGAGCAAGUGAGAAAGGACGCAAGAAGGAACUUAGAGAAUGUGUAGAGAAACUACAGCUCUUAAAGACUCCCGAUGAGCGUCAGCGUAGACUUGAGGAAGUUCCAGAAAUACAUGCAGAUCCAAAAAUGGACCCAAGCUACGAGUCUGAGGAUGAGGAUAGUGAAAGUAAUGAUAGACGAGAUGUUUACAUGAGGUCUAGAGAUUCAAGUUUUAGCCGGAGAGGACGUGCGCCAGUUUCUCCAAGAAGCAACUUUUCUCCAAAAGAAUCCUGGGGGGCUGUAGGAAAAGUUUCUUCAAAGAACUUGGAAUUAAACAGGAGUUCCUCUGGUAAAAACGUUUUGAGCAGAAGUGAAGAUGGUGCGCACUCUGGAGGGGGACUGAAUGAAGAUACAUGGAAUGAAGGAAGAGAUAGGGAGACAGAAUCUAAGAAUCUGGAGAAGCUGACGUCUGCUGCUAAUUCCGACCCAACUGGACGGAAUAGCCAAUUUUUGUCAAGAACGGAAUCAUUUUCUGGUGUGUCAUCGGUAGGUUCUCCAGCUAUACUCCAGAGUAAGGUUGCAGAAACUUCCAUCAAGAUCAAUGAAGCUGAAAAAAUGUGGCAUUACAAGGAUCCUUCUGGUAAAAUACAGGGACCAUUUUCUAUGGUUCAGUUGCGUAAAUGGAGCAAUACAGGAUACUUCCCUGCUGAAUUGAAAAUAUGGAAAACUACGGAUAAACAAGAGGAAUCUAUUCUUUUGACUGAUGCAUUGGCAGGGAGGUUUGAGAAAGUGCCAUCAGCAGUUGACAAUAUACUUUCAACAACU